GUCAACUGUCAUGUAUGUAUGUAGACAGCAAAAAUUCCCGAUAUUUUGUUUGAUACGUUUUACAUAAAAUUAAAGGAUUACAUUGCAAUAAAAAAUGUUGCGGCAGCCGUUGACUCGGGCGCUAGUGCUAAGUUCGCCGAGCCGCGUAGCACCUUUGGGGGCUCGCAGGUACGCUGACGCUGUACCAGCUCAACCUGAUAAGGUGGAGGUGUUUAUUAAUGAUCAACCUGUUUAUGUUCCUCCGGGCACCACCGUUCUACAGGCUGCAGCUCAAGUUGGUGUUGAGAUUCCUCGUUUUUGUUACCAUGAACGCUUGGCAGUUGCUGGUAACUGCAGAAUGUGUCUCGUCGAAGUGGAAAAGUCACCAAAGCCUGUAGCGGCUUGUGCCAUGCCUGUCAUGAAGGGUAUGAGGGUCAAAACUGAUUCUGACCUCACCAAGAAAGCCCGUGAAGGUGUUAUGGAGUUUCUGCUUGUAAAUCAUCCUUUGGAUUGUCCUAUUUGCGACCAAGGUGGCGAGUGUGAUCUCCAAGAUCAAUCAAUGGCUUUUGGAUCUGAUAAAAGUAGAUUCACUGACAUUCAUUUCUCUGGAAAAAGGGCUGUGGAGGACAAAGACGUAGGGCCUUUGAUCAAGACAAUCAUGACACGUUGCAUCCACUGCACCCGUUGUAUACGAUUUGCAUCCGAGGUAGCUGGCAUUGAUGAUUUCGGUACAACUGGCCGAGGUACUGAUAUGCAGGUUGGAACAUACGUUGAGAAGAUGUUCCUAUCUGAGUUAUCAGGCAACAUCAUAGACUUGUGUCCAGUUGGAGCACUCACAUCCAAACCGUACAGUUUCGCAGCACGACCCUGGGAAACUAGGAGGAUUGACUCUGUUGAUGUGUUGGAUCCUCUUGGUAGCAAUAUAGUAGUCGCCACUCGUACUAAUGAAGUAUUGCGCAUCCUACCCAGGACGAACGAGGAAAUUAAUGAGGAAUGGCUGUCUGAUAAGUCUCGUUUCGCCUGUGAUGGUCUCAAACGACAACGACUAGUGACACCCAUGUUGGCCGACAGUCGCGGUAACCUCACGCCUGUGGAGUGGGAGGAUGCCAUUGUUGCUGCCGCUCGUGCUAUUCGCGAUUGUCCACCUGAUAAGUUGUUAGCGGUAGCUGGCGAUUUAGCGGACGCAGAGUCCCUUGUGGUUCUUAAGGAUUUGUUCAACAGACUUGGCUCUGAGAAUGUCUAUACCGAAAAUGAUUUCCCCUUGGAAGGUUCCGGCACUGACCUACGAUCAUCGUAUCUCCUCAAUACUAAGAUUGCAAACGUGGAGGAUGCAGAUUUCGUGUUGUUGAUCGGCACCAACGUUCGUUUCGAGGCUCCGCUUCUGAACGCGCGUAUCAGAAAGGCUUUCAUACACAAGGAGACUGACGUCGCUGUCGUCGGACCUAAAAUAGACCUUACGUACGACUAUUUGCACGUUGGUGAUUCAGCAAACAUAGUGAAGGAUUUGGCUACCGGUUCCUCUUCUCAUGAGGUGCUGAAGAGAUUGGAUUCUGCCAAGCGACCCAUAGUCAUCCUCGGGGCUGACCAGUUGAAGACACAGGAAGGUUCUGCUCUGCUCGCUUAUACUCAGGAGCUCGCUCUAAGGCUCCAAAGCAAACUUCAAGAUAAGAAUUGGAAGGUCCUCAACGUGCUGCAGCGUAGCGCCGGCGCGGUGGCGGCGCUGGACCUGGGGUACCGCGCGGGCGCCGCCGCCGCGCUGCAGGCCGCGCCGCGCGUGGUGUUCCUCCUCGGCGCCGACAGCGGCGUCGUGCGCCGGGACCGGCUGCCCAAGGACGCCUUCGUCAUCUACCAAGGUCACCACGGCGAUGCGGGCGCGAGUUGUGCGGACGUGGUGUUCGCGGGCGCCGCGUACACUGAGAAGCGCGCAACCUACGUCAACGCGGAGGGACGCGCGCAGCAGACGCUGCCAGCAGUCGCGCCGCCGGGCCGCGCACGUGAUGACUGGAAAAUCAUACGAGCUCUGUCUGAGGUGGUGGGCGAACGUCUACCUUACAAUAACUUAGAUGAAGUCCGCGACAGACUUGGCGAGAUCAGUCCGGCUCUAGUUUCCUAUGGGGAGGUUCAGGAGAAUAAUUACUUCGCGCAGGCGAGGGCUUUAUCACAGAGCCUCCAGAAGCCUGUGUCUGGGACCCUAGACGUUCAACUGAAGGAUCUGGCAGAUUUCUUCAUGACUGACCCAAUCAGCCGUGCAUCGCCUACUAUGGCCAAGUGCGUGCAAGCCGUUAUCAAGCAGAAACAGUCGGUGUACUAAACAGCCAUCGUAUCAGGUCACCUGUACUUGUAAUGAAACACUUUUCUAUCUUGUCAUAAUAAAUUUCCUAAGAUGAUAUUUUGAAAUAUUUAAUAUUGUCACUGUGACAAAAUACUAAAGUGUUUAUUUAUCAGUAUACUUGACUACAAGAUUUCAGGACACGAAGUUUCAUAAAAAUAUUCAAGAGUUAUCUUCAAAACAAGGUAGAUUUAUAUGUAAGCAUUACAAACACAAGAAACGAGAAGGUAUAGGAGUGACUGGCAGUUGGUAAGUUUAUUUUCAAACUAUUGUUGAUAAGGCAUGAAAAGAUGAAGGAAUUCAAAACAGAGUCAACACCAAGAUGUUAUUGUCAGUGAUAGGUUGUUACAGCUAAAUGACCUGGUAAGCAACACUACAAUAUGUAAGUAAUACGGAAUGGAACAUUUUCGGUGAUAAUUCGUGUGCUGAGUCUUGUUUUUGUAACUUCUGUCGUUUUUGUGGUUUCUUAAAUUACAUUUAUCUUUGAAUAUUACAAAAAUUAAUUAUUAUAAAGUUAUAUAACGAUAACACACAUCACAAAAACGACGGUUGUUAUAAACUAGGAUAAUUAUUAAAUACAAUUUCGCUUUUCUGCAAUCAUUUUUACGAAGGAAAUACUACAGAAAUGCACCUAGUGCAGUUGAAUGUACUCAUGUUCAUUGAAUAAUUCGUCAACUGUACGUGUAUAAUGUGAUUUGAAGCUAUUUAUUAUGUUAUUUAAUAGUUAAGCGUAAAAAUGUUUCCAAUUUUCUGGCAUUCUACCCAGUUAUUAUAAUCAAGUAAAUAGAUGUUAGAAGUCAAACAGGAAGCAAAGGUUUUGUAUUAAAAUGGUAUUGGAAUGUAAGGACAGAUUUUGUACAUAGUAAAUGUUUGUAGUAUAAAAUAAAAUGUAGCAUAAUGAUUGUCGAA